AUGGCUCCUCAUGCGGAAGUAGGCGUCGGCUCCGUGAACGGGUACAGCGCUCAGGAAUCAACUUCGUCCCCAGCUCAACCAGCUUCGGUCAAGGAUCUUUUGACCGUCAAUUCUCCCAAUGUCACUUACACGGACGACCACAUCAACACCAAAUACGUUUACCGAACCACCGCUGUCACCAAGGCCGAGGACGGUAAAUUCGUGGCUUCCCCCAAGGAAACCACUUAUGACUUCAAGGUCGACCGUAAGGUUCCCAAAACCGGUGUCAUGUUGGUAGGAUGGGGUGGAAACAAUGGUUCCACCGUCACUGCUGGAAUCAUCGCCAAUCGUCGUAAUCUCACCUGGGAUACUCGAGAAGGUCCACGUGCUGCAAACUACUACGGAUCCGUCAUUAUGGGUUCAACCAUCAAGCUUGGUACAGAGGAACAAACCGGGGACGAGAUCAACAUCCCCUUUCACGAUAUCUUGCCCAUGGUUCAUCCUAACGAUCUGGUCGUUGGUGGUUGGGAUAUCAGCAGCCUGAACAUUGCUGCUUCCAUGGAUCGUGCUCAAGUCCUCGAACCCACUUUGAAAGCUAUGGUCUACAAGGAGAUGGCUCUCAUGAAACCACUCCCGAGUAUCUACUAUCCCGAUUUCAUCGCCGCCAACCAAGAAGAUCGAGCUGAUAAUGUCAUCCCUGGUAGCAAAGCAAGCUGGGAUCAUGUCGAGCAGAUCAGAACCGACAUCAGAACCUUCAAAUCUCAGAACAACCUGGAUAAAAUCAUCGUUCUCUGGACUGCCAACACUGAGCGUUAUGCAGAUAUCAUCCCCGGUGUCAACGAUACUGCCGAGAACUUGAUCCAGGCCAUCAAGCAAGGCCAUGAAGAGGUUUCUCCUUCCACCGUCUUCUCCGUUGCCUGUACUCUGGAAAACGCUCCCUUCAUCAACGGUUCACCCCAGAAUACCUUUGUUCCAGGUGCAAUUCAACUUGCGGAGCAGCACAACACCUUUAUUGGUGGUGAUGAUUUCAAGUCUGGACAGACCAAGAUGAAGUCUGCCCUGGUUGACUUCCUCAUCAAUGCUGGUAUCAAAUUGACUUCCAUUGCAAGCUACAACCAUCUCGGCAACAACGACGGAAAGAACUUGAGUUCCCAAAAGCAAUUCCGCUCCAAGGAAAUCUCCAAGUCCAACGUGGUCGAUGACAUGGUUGCAGCAAACAGCGUCUUGUACGCCAAGGAUGAGCAUCCAGACCAUACUGUCGUCAUCAAGUACAUGCCUGCUGUCGGCGACAACAAGCGUGCGUUGGAUGAAUACUACGCUGAAAUCUUCAUGGGUGGUCAUCAGACAAUCAGCAUCUUCAACGUUUGCGAGGACUCCCUGCUGGCCUCACCCCUCAUCAUUGAUCUCGUCCUUGUGGCUGAGAUGAUGACUCGAAUCCAGUGGAAGUCAGAGGAGGCUGGCGACUACAAGGGUUUCCACAGCGUUCUCAGCAUUCUGAGUUACAUGCUCAAGGCUCCCCUCGUUCCCCCCGGAACCCCGGUCGUCAACGCCCUUGCCAAGCAGCGUGGUGCUCUUACUAACAUCUUCCGCGCCUGCAUCGGUCUCCAGCCCGAGUCCGACAUGACACUUGAACACAAGUUGUUCUAG